AUGGCAAGCCAAGGAAAGCAGCCUGCGGUCGGUGGCAAGGACCAGACGACGACGACGAACCCCCGAGGAAUUCCCACCGCGCCGUUCGUCGACAAGGUGGAAGAUUAUGUUUCUUCGCGCGACGAUGUCGAAACCACGCUACGAAGCUUCCAGGAGCUGAUAUCCAAAUAUCAGUUCAUGGAGAUGAAUCUUCAGAGGCGCAUGGCCGGUCUCAAAGACAAGAUUCCCGAUAUCCAGAAAACACUAGACACUGUCCAAUUUAUGAAGCUGCGCAAGGACGAGAGCGAACCGAUUGAAACGACGUUCGAGCUCAACGACACAUUAUACUCGCGCGCCAACAUUCCCCCCACAGAGGAAGUUUAUAUUUGGCUUGGGGCCAACGUCAUGCUCUCAUACCCCAUCGACGAGGCCCAGGCGCUGCUCGAGUCCAAGCUCAAGGCGGCCAAGACCAGUCUGUCAAAUUGCGAAGAAGACUUGGACUUUAUUCGCGAACAGAUUACGACUAUGGAGGUCGCCACGGCGCGAGUAUAUAACUGGGAGGUUGUGCAGAAGCGAAAAGAAAAGAAGGAAGAGGAAGACUCAAAAGCUGCUGCCAAGCCAGAAGAAAAGUCGUAG